AUGACAAAAGCAGAGCCGAAUGUUGGGGACGAAGCAGAGCCGGAUGUUUGUGACAAAGCAGAGCCGAAUGUUGGGGACGAAGCAGAGCCGGAUGUUUGUGACAAUGCAGAGCCGAAUGUUUGGGACGAAGCAGAGCCAGAUGUUGGGGACGAAGCAGAGCCGGAUGUCUGUGACAAAGCACAGCUGAAUGUUGGGGAUGAAGCAGAGCUGGAUGUCUGUGACAAAACACAGCCGAAUGUUGGGGACAAAGCAGAGCCGGAUGUCUGUGACGAAGCAGAGCCGAAUGUUGGGGACGAAGCAGAGCCGGAUGUCUGUGACGAAGCAGAGCCGAAUGUUGGGGAGGAAGCAGAGCCGGAUGUCUGUGACGAAGCAGAGCCGAAUGUUGGGGACGAAGCAGAGCCGGAUGUCUGUGACGAAGCAGAGCCGAAUGUUGGGGACGAAGCAGAGCCGGAUGUCUGUGACGAAGCAGAGCCGAAUGUUGGGGACGAAGCAGAGCCGGAUGUCUGUGACGAAGCAGAGCCGAAUGUUGGGGACGAAGCAGAGCCGGAUGUCGGGGACGAAGCAGAGCCGAAUGUUGGGGACGAAGCAGAGUUGGAUGUCGGGGACGAAGCAGAGCCGAAUGUCGGGGACGAAGCAGAGCCGGAUGUCGGGGACGAAGCAGAGCCGAAUGUCGGGGACGAAGCAGAGCCGGAUGUUGGGGACGAAGCAGAGCUGAAUGUUGGGGACGAAGCAGAGCCGGAUGUCUGUGACGAAGCAGAGCCGAAUAUUGGGGACAAAGCAGAGCCGAAUGUUGGGGACGAAGCAGAGCUGAAUGUUGGGAACGAAUGUUGGGGACGAAGCAGAGCCGAAUGUUGGGGACAAAACAGAGCCGAGUGUUCGGGAUGA